CUCACAAAUUUCACCAACCGAAACAUGUCCCUCUUCAACUACAAGCUUCACCAACUGCUCCACCGCUCAUUCGUCACCCCUUGAUUUUUCUUCUUUAUCCUAUCUUUCUCUCCACUAACCCAUUCCCGUCGCCACACACCCCACCUCUUCCCCUCCGCAUUCAGUCACCUCGCUCUUCGCGAGUUCUACCGGCUCCUCUUCUGCUCAAAUUUCGGUCCAGAACCAGAGCAUCACCAUCCGCAAUGGCCACUGGAAGUGUGCAAGAGGUUCUGCCACCUGCUCUUGACUCUACCUCAGACCCGCCCGCAAUAUUUGAUGGGACUACACGGUUGUAUAUAUCCUACUCGUGCCCCUAUGCACAACGUGUGUGGAUUGCCCGAAACUGUAAGGGAUUGCAGGACAAGAUAAAAUUGGUACCUAUUGAUUUACAAAACAGGCCAACAUGGUACAAGGAGAAAGUGUACCCUCCAAACAAGGUGCCAUCGCUGGAACACAAUAAUGAAGUCAAGGGAGAGAGUCUUGAUUUACUUAAAUAUAUCGACACUAGCUUUGAAGGGCCUUCCCUUUUCCCUAGUGAUCCUGCUAAGCGACAAUUUGCAGAGGAGUUACUCUCAUACAUAGACUCAUUUAAUACAGGAGUGAUUAGUUCAUUCAAGGUUGAAGGAAUGAAUGAUGCUGAUGCUGCAUUUGAUUACUUUGAAAAGGCUCUUUCAAAAUUUGACGAUGGACCUUUUCUACUAGCUGAGUUCAGUCUCGUGGAUAUAGCUUAUGCCCCUUUUAUUGAAAGAUUUCAGCCCUUCUUGUUGGAUGUAAAGAAGUAUGAUAUCACAGCAGGGAGGCCAAAACUGGCAGCAUGGAUUAAGGAGAUGAACAAGAACGUGGCUUACAAACAAACCCAACGCGAUCCAAAGGAGCAUGUCGAGUCCUACAAGAAGCGUUUCUUGGCUCAGCUUUGAGUUCGCAGAGCAUGUAAUUCAAGACAGCUUUGCAUAUGUAAAAUGGCUCUAAAUCAAUCUCGAAGUAUGGGUUCAGGAACCUUAAUAAUGGUAUACGAUUCUGUGGUUCAAGUAGGAGUCAUGCCCUGAAAUGCUGAGAAUUCUGAUAUUAAUAAGUCAAAAAAUGCCAGUACAAUACAACUAAAAGUGCAUAGAUUUGGAUACAAAUAUGUCCUCACGAUAUGUGACCUCGCAUCUAUUGUGUUGGAUUCACAUGCAUUUGACGGUUUCAGAUCUAUGAACUUCUGAAUGUGUUUGCAAUAAUGUUGUUAAUAAGCAGAUUGGGCUAUUACUUGCA